AUGGGCUGCUGCGCAUCGAACCCGUCAGAGCAACCAGAACCAAUCGCACUCCUCGUACGGCAGCUCUUUGAUGUUAUCGACUCAAACUCUGACGACGCAAUCUCCCGCGCUGAGCUGAAGGCUGCAUUAGGGCCGGCGAGCAGCGCAGUCCUCGGCAAGGAGGGGGCAGCGCCGCUGCUCAAGCAGCUCAAUCUCAGCAGCAACGAGAUUGACGACGAGGGCUGCAAGACGCUGGCUGCCACCAUCGGCAAGGAGGGGGCAGCGCCGCUGCUCGAGGAGCUCGAUCUCACCUGCAACAAGAUUGGCAACGUGGGCUGCAAGGCGCUGGCCGCCGCCCUCUGCAAGGAGGGGGCAGCGCCGCGGCUCGAGAAGCUCUAUCUCCGCGAGAACGAGAUUGGCGACGAGGGCUGCAAGGCGUUGGUCGCCACCCUCAAGGAGGGGGCAGCGCCGCGGCUCGAGGAGCUCGAUCUCACCCGCAACAAGAUUGGCGACGAGGGCUGCAGGGCGCUGGCCGCCGCCCUCGGCAAGGAGGGGGCAGCGCCGCGGCUCGAGGAGCUCUGUCUUGACGGCAACCAGAUUGGGGAUGAGGGCUGCAAGGCGUUGGCCGCCGCCCUCUUGGAGGGGGCCGCCCCGAGCCUGAAGGCGCGAGACGCCCCCCUCGCCACUCGCGAUAGUUCCCGCCAAAUGCCUAUCACGCCUCCCCUCGCGUGCAGAUGCUCGCCGUGGACCGCAAGCCGCACGAGCUGA